AUGGUCAACACACCAGUGCUCCCGAUUCCCAUUUCCUUCAUAUCGGGCCAUUAUUUUCUCUUCUCAACUGAUGCAGUCACCUAUCUACGCCGAGAACACAAUAUUUGCGGCGUUCUCAUUGGGACUCUGCCUCAGAUUCCGCAGCAGAAUAUCUUCCUGGGUUUACCAUUAGAGCUUAUGCCGGAAGAGGCUAGGCUCUUGGUUGAGAAAAAGAUUGCUUAUAUUGUGGAUGAUGCACAAGUGCACAAUCAAGGAAUGAAGACUCUGGCUGAUGAAGAUCGGCGACGUCAUCUUGAGAGCUUGGAGCAACACGGACGGCGAGCAGCUUUAGUCCAAUCAAGCAAAAAAGAACAUCUAAAAGAAAAAGCGCUGAAGCAAUCCAAAAAAUCGAAAUCUCAGACCUCAGAUGCAUCAAAAGCGUCGAGUUCCCUGCAAGAUGGACAGGGACAGUCAGAAGACCUGCUUUUUAGUUCUGUAGACGACCGUACUAACGACCCCAUCCAAUCCAGUUCAGCCGUUACUUCACGAGCCGUAUUUGGUGUCACUCCUGCGGACUCUCUCGCUCUCUUUCCCAAACCUCCACCCUUAGGUGGGAAUUCUCUGCCAAAGGUCCCUUCAUCAUAUCCUUUAUACGCCCAUUUGCAUUCCAAAGGAUAUUUCUUGUCUCCCGGUCUCCGUUUUGGUUGCCAGUACAUGGCUUACCCAGGUGAUCCGCUUCGAUUCCACUCCCAUUUCCUCGUUUCCGCCUCUGAGUGGGAUGAGGAGAUAAAUUUAAUGGACUUGGUUGUUGGAGGUCGUCUAGGAACCGGUGUAAAGAAGGGAUAUCUUAUCGGCGGAGAAAUCCCGUCCGAUGAGCAAGAAAAAGGAACCGAUGAAAGGACUGUGAGGACGUUUAGUUUGGAAUGGGCUGGAAUGUAAAGAAUUCCGUUGCCUUGGUGAUCCAACCCCCCCUUUCCGGUCCGGGCUCCCCACAAUGUACAGUAGAUUUACGACCUGGGCCAACUUAAUGCAAUAUCCAGGAAGACUGUUUUCACUCCAUCUCCCUCGCAUAAAUUCCUGCUUGAACUCUUACCUGUCAAGGUAGACA